UCGACCAGCUUGGAACCGUCAGAAAUGGACUCCAGCCUUCCUUCACUUUGUUCAGGCUCUCAGAGGAACAACAAUGACUUGGAGGAUGACAGAGCUCCUAAACAGCCAUCGACCAGUGUGGAACCGUCAGAAAUGGACUCCAGCCUUCCUUCACUUUGUUCAGGCUCUCAGAGGAACAACAAUGACCCAGAGGAUGACCGAGCUCCUAAACAGCCAUCGACCAGCUUGGAACCGUCAGAAAUGGACUCCAGCCUUCCUUCACUUUGUUCAGGCUCUCAGAGGAACAACAAUGACUUGGAGGAUGACAGAGCUCCUAAACAGCCAUCGACCAGCUUGGAACCGUCAGAAAUGGACUCCAGCCUUCCUUCACUUUGUUCAGGCUCUCAGAGGAACAACAAUGACUUGGAGGAUGACAGAGCUCCUAAACAGCCAUCGACCAGCUUGGAACCGUCAGAAAUGGACUCCAGCCUUCCUUCACUUUGUUCAGGCUCUCAGAGGAACAACAAUGACUUGGAGGAUGACAGAGCUCCUAAACAGCCAUCGACCAGCUUGGAACCGUCAGAAAUGGACUCCAGCCUUCCUUCACUUUGUUCAGGCUCUCAGAGGAACAACAAUGACUUGGAGGAUGACAGAGCUCCUAAACAGCCAUCGACCAGUGUGGAACCGUCAGAAAUGGACUCCAGCCUUCCUUCACUUUGUUCAGGCUCUCAGAGGAACAACAAUGACCCAGAGGAUGACCGAGCUCCUAAACAGCCAUCGACCAGCUUGGAACCGUCAGAAAUGGACUCCAGCCUUCCUUCACUUUGUUCAGGCUCUCAGAGGAACAACAAUGACCCGGAGGAUGACAGAGCUCCUAAACAGCCAUCGACCAGUGUGGAACCGUCAGAAAUGGACUCCAGCCUUCCUUCACUUUGUUCAGGCUCUCAGAGGAACAACAAUGACCCAGAGGAUGACCGAGCUCCUAAACAGCCAUCGACCAGUGUGGAACCGUCAGAAAUGGACUCCAGCCUUCCUUCACUUUGUUCAGGCUCUCAGAGGAACAACAAUGACCCAGAGGAUGACCGAGCUCCUAAACAGCCAUCGACCAGCUUGGAACCGUCAGAAAUGGACUCCAGCCUUCCUUCACUUUGUUCAGGCUCUCAGAGGAACAACAAUGACCCGGAGGAUGACAGAGCUCCUAAACAGCCAUCGACCAGUGUGGAACCGUCAGUAAUGGACUCCAGCCUUCCUUCACUUUGUUCAGGCUCUCAGAGGAACAACAAUGACCCAGAGGAUGACCGAGCUCCUAAACAGAUGAACAAUGAGGCUCUUG